AUGGAAAGGGCUUUCUCUCAGCACAUAACGAGGCGUUUCAUAGACUUGGAAAAUGUAGAGGAAAGAGAGUAUAGCACUGCUAUAAAUAGCGCUCACUCUUUGAAACUUGAACAAGAAGAAGUUGUUGAAGUGCAAGAAAAAGAAGAACAAGAAGGAGAUGAUGUAGCUCAUCUUGUUGGUUGCAUAAGCCUGCACAAGAAGAGUUCAGACUCAAAUCAUGGAGGUGAAGAUCUCUCAAUCCGGAAGUACAGAUCUUGGUUCCAAAAGCAAAAGAGUAUUGCAGCAGGGCGAGAGAAACAAAUGAAGGCAAGUAUGGAUCUUGAUGAUUUUAUUGAGGAACAAAUGAAACAUUUUCAUGCUCAAUAUAGUAGAGGCGUCGUCCCAACACACCUGGAGGACCUGUCUAAACUUCUGAUGCCAAAAUCGACUCCACCAAAUGAACUUGCUGCUUUGUCCUGGCUUGGUGAUUGGAGGCCCUCUUCCUUUUUGGACCUCCUCCGCUCACUGUCACACUCAUUACCUUCCUUGUCCAAGUCCAAGACAACUGGGCUGGUCCUAUCAAAACUAACCCAUGAUGUACGAAUUGAGGAAGCCGUGAUUGAUGAGUAA